UGUUGAUAUCAACAUGGCGACGGCUACGUCUGUUUUCCACAGGGUGAGAACUGGGUCGAAAAUCGGCGCCCAGUACGACCAGGAAGGAAACCUGAUCCAGGUGGAAACGAGAGAGGAUGAAGAGCAGAGCGUCAAGCUGGCAGAGAUCCUGGAGCUGCUGCUGGCAGCUGGCUACUUCAGAGCCAGGAUCAAAGGACUGUCUCCGUUUGAUAAGGUGGUGGGGGGUAUGACCUGGUGUAUCACCACAUGUAACUUUGACAUUGAUGUGGAUCUUCUCUUCCAAGAGAACUCGACCAUUGGUCAGAAGAUAGCCCUGACAGAGAAAAUAGUUUCUGUUCUACCGAAGAUGAAGUGUCCUCAUCGUCUGGAACCUCAUCAAAUUCAAGGGCUGGAUUUCAUCCACAUUUUUCCCGUGAUACAAUGGCUGGUGAAGCGAGCCAUAGAAACAAGGGAAGAGAUGGGCGACUAUGUGAGGGCGUACUCCAUUUCACAGUUCCAGAAGACCCACAGCCUCCCAGAGGACGAAGAGUUUCUCCAGAGGAAAGACCAGGCUGUGAAGGCAGUUCUGGACGUACUGAAAGUGUACAAACCACAGAGGAAAUACCGGAGACAGAGGGAUGCAGGACAGCUGCUGGACGAGGAGUCCAGGGUUCACGCCACCCUGCUGGAAUAUGGCAGGCGAUAUGGAUUCAGCAAACAGUCCAAACAAGACAAGGUGGAUGAUGGGAAGGCUUUGCAGGCCAAUGGCUCUCAGCUGGCUCCUCCUGGGAUGGCAGAGGUGUCAGAGGAAGAGGAUCUGCAGGCAGCAGAGGAGAUGCGGAUCAAAACCCUGAUGACUAGCAUGGCUGCUAUGGUGAAUGAAGAGGGGAAGCUGACGGCAAGUGCAGUGGGUCAGAUUGUGGGGCUGCAGUCUAAGGAGAUCAAACAGAUCGCCUCUGAGUACGCUGAGAAGCAGUCAGAGCUGACCUCAGAGGAGCGAUCAGAGCGCUACGGCCCGCUGCAGCAGCACCGCAGGGCCGUCGCCUCGCUCAGCAAACAGAUCCAGCAGAAGACUAAACAGCUGGAGGAGCUACAAGCCAAACAUGCAGAGGUGAAGACCGGCUGUGAGGAGGCCAAAGCUAAACUGAUGGAGGCUACAGAGCUCUCAGAGAAACUGGAGAACCAGCUGAAGUCUUUAGGGGAGAUGGAGAAGCAGGCUGACACUGGCUUGUUGGAGAAGCUGAGAGCUCUGGUGACAAUGAAUGACAACCUGAAGCAGCAGGAGCAGGAGUUCCGCACACACUGCAGAGAGGAGAUGAGCCGCCUGCAGCAGAGCAUUGAGGAGCUGAAGAUGGCAUCAGGACAGGAUACAGAGGAGGAGACGGAGAGGAACCAGCUGAUCGAGAAACAGUACGACACAGACAGAGAGAAACUACAGAAGAUCCGUCUGCUCAUGGCUCGCCGGAACCGUGAGAUCGCCAUCCUGCACAGGAAGAUCGAUGAGGUCCCGAGCCGGGCCGAGUUGACCCAGUACCAGAAGAGAUUCAUUGAACUCUACAGCCAAGUUUCUGCCACACACAAAGAGACCAAGCAGUUCUUCACUCUGUACAACACUUUGGACGACAAGAAAGUUUAUCUGGAGAAGGAGGUGAAUCUGCUGAACUCCAUUCAUGACAACUUCCAGCAGGCCAUGUCAUCUGUAGCAGCCAAGGAGCAGUUCCUCAGGCAGAUGGAGCAAAUAGUGGAAGGAAUCAAACAGAGCCGCAUCAAGAUGGAGAAGAAGAAGCAGGAGAACAAGAUGAGGAGAGAUCAGCUGAACGAUGAAUACCUGGAGCUGCUCGACAAGAGGAGGCUCUACUUCAAAACCGUCAAGGACUUUAAAGAGGAGUGUCGGAAGAAUGAAAUGCUGCUGUCCAAGCUGAGAGCUAAAGGAGCCUCUUAGCCCUGACACUGCUGCUGGUAAACAGUUUACUCUGGAAACAACAUGUCGUCUAUAUGAAUUAACUGAUCACUAUAUUUUCAAUUUUACUCACUCUAUUUCAUUGUUCUUCCUUAUGACUGAUCUGGUUUUAAACCAGCAGUCAAGAUUUCAUCUAAAACCCUGUGAGAAGAGUCCUGGACAUUUUAUUUACAUUAUAACAUGAACAUGAACAUGACCUUGUGCCAAAUCCAGCUAACUGAAAAACACAAACGCCUUUAUGAUCAGUCACAUCGAGUCCUUUAAUCCUUCUCAAAACAGUGUUGAAUUAGAAAAUGAAGAGUGUGUAGGAGCCUCGUAACAAUCCUCUAAAUCAUGACAAGUUGUUUAAUAAUCUAACAACUUGGGACUGUUGAACAUCAGAUUCAAUCAUAACUAACAUUUCCACCUUAAAGCUGUAGUCACCUGCUCUCGCUGUAGGAAACACACAUUGUCUUUUAUGUUGAUGAUAAAAUAGGCUGCAGAGAGGAAGGUCUCAUACCCAGUACCAGUGCCUUAACAUGUGGUGUGUUUACUCAUGUUACAUGAUGGUCUUCUUAACUGAAUUCCUGGCUGAUGUAUGAAGGUGCAGCUCUAAAUGUCUCUUUGUAUGUAAAGUUAUUUUCUUAUGUGCCUCUGAAGGUUGAGCUCACUUCAUGUCUUAUAUUUGUCUCCAUCCAAUUACCAUGUACGUCCAACACACGGUGAAUAAAUGAGCCUGUGAACAGUUCA